UAUAAGGCAGGUUUCCGCUGCAUGAGGGCGGAGCGUCCUGUCACAACAAUCAGUCAGCUUCCUCCGGGUUGUAGGAGCACUUCACCCCGUCCACACUGGUUUAGUCUCUUAAGAAGCUGCUAGUCCAAUUAACCCAGAGGGGGAGGAAAUCCACGCAUUUAAAGUCGCCGCUCGCGGCGAGGAGUAUGAGCCCUACCGAGGUGUAUGAUGACAUGAACCAACAGCCCGCUAUCAACAGCACAGGAGUUGGACCGCGAGCGGCGCGCGCGCAGUGACAUGAGAGCGGCGUUUUUCACUUCCAACCGCAGCUGGUUAUAAACUUAUUUUCCUUGCUUGUUGUAUUUUAAGCUGGUUUAAGCUCCACCAGAGACGCUACAGUCAGGCGGACUUUUUAUAUUUUUAUUUUUAACAACCUCAAAGUGUCCGCUUCAACAUGGACACCUUCACCGAUGUGCUGCUCGUCACAGCAAACGUCGGUUCGCUCUUCAACAAUGUGGAUGACAUCCAAAAUGGAUGGUUAGAAGAACUGUAUAAAACAAUCCAGAAAUACAAGCCACAGUUCAUCGCCCUGCACUUCCAGGAGGUGGGUGGAAAGGACUACAUGGUCAACAUGGACAAGGCAGAAAACUUCUUUUGUAACAUAGAGUCCAGUGAGGAAAUGAAAGAGUUCGACAGGAGUUGCAUUUAUGUGGACACCCGGUUCCAGGCAGAGGACAACUUUACGGCUUUGGGCUGCAUGUACUUUAUCCACAGGACACUGAAAAACGUCUAUCAUUAUGACUUUAAUGUUAAGGAUUUUAAAGCCGUGGUGGGACAGACCAAGUAUGUGGGCUCACUGGACGGCGUGGCCACCGUGGAGAAAGAAAAAUUCCCAAAAGAUUUCUGGCCUGAUUUCAAGUGGUCCAGAAAGGGCUUCAUGAGGACCCGCUGGAUCAUCCACAACCAGGGCCUCGACUUGGUCAACAUCCACCUAUUUCAUGAUGCCUCCAACCUCAUUGCCGUCAACUCCAGUCCAUCCAUUUACUCAGCCAACCGCAAGAACGCCCUCAGAUAUGUAAUCAACAGGAUAUCAGACAGCCGCUACACUGCGUUACCUUUCUUCCUGUUUGGUGAUUUUAACUUCCGUUUGGACUCACAGGCAUUAGUCCAGCAUCUGACUAUUGAAGCAGAUGUUGUAAAAGACAGCAAUUUUGAAGUGGAGAAAAUUAUAUUUGAAGAAAAAGACAACGACCACCAGGUGCUGCUGCAGAUCGAGGAGAAGCUGUUCGAAUACGUGCACCAGGCUGUUUUCAGGAAGGACAACGGUAGAGCGCUUUUAAAAUAUGACAAAGAAGUCAUGUCCUUUCAUGAUGUCACCAAGGAGGAGGAAAUCACCUUUCCACCCAGCUACCCAUACAGUGAGGACCAUCAACAGCCGAAGCAGUACAUGAACACUCGCUGUCCCGCCUGGUGCGAUCGUAUCCUCAUGUCUCAUGCUGCCCACAGUUUCAUCAACCGGAGAGACGAUGAUGAAGGAAAGGGUGUUGUUUACAACACAAUUGGUCCUAAUGUCUGCAUGGGGGACCAUAAGCCUGUUUUCCUGUCCUUCUCGCUGAAGACAAAUAACCAUUGACUCCGAUUCUUCUCAAUGGUGUUCAGCCACAUCGUAGUUUGGGCAAUCUGAGGAUUCCCACCUUCUGGAACUGGGUCGUCUUCUUCCUGCAUUGCUCAGCCCGGCCUGACCUAUGAGCCCUCUGCUCUCAUGUCACUGAUACCUCUUAGCUGCCGCUUUGUCCACACUUGUUUAAUCUAAUUCAUCACUGGUUUUCUUUGGAGUUUCUGCUUGCAGCCAUGUGAAUGACUCAUUCAAUUCCUUCUAGCUCCAAACAUAAUCAUUAAUUAACGCAGCCCUUCACUGUUGUCAAAAAGCAACUUCCAAACAUUGUAGAUAUUCUUAAUAUAGAACCAGGAUCACCUUUUC